AUGAGCCUUUCUGUUGGUGAAGAGCAGUUACCGGGCACCGGGAGUACGACGACCCGAGACCAGUUUGACAACUUAGAAAAACACACGCAGUGGGGUAUUGAUGUUCUGGAAAAAUACAUCAAGUUUGUAAAAGAAAGAACAGAGAUUGAACUCAGCUAUGCAAAGCAGCUUAGGAAUCUUUCAAAGAAAUACCAACCCAAAAAGAACUCCAAAGAAGAGGAAGAAUACAGGUACACAUCAACUAGAGCCUUCCUAGCCACUUUAAGUGAAAUGAAUGACUAUGCCGGACAGCAUGAGGUCAUUUCAGAGAACAUGACCUCUCUUAUCACUGGAGAGUUAACACGCUAUGUGCAGGAGCUGAAACAAGAGAGGAAAUCGCACUUCCACGAUGGCAGAAAGGCACAGCAACAUAUUGAAACUUGCUGGAAACAACUUGAAGCAAGUAAAAGGCGGUUUGAACGUGAUUGCAAAGAAGCUGAUCGAGCGCAGCAAUACUUUGAGAAAAUGGAUGCUGACAUCAAUGUUACAAAAGCAGAUGUUGAAAAAGCAAGACAGCAAGCCCAGCUGCGACAUCAAAUGGCAGAAGACAGCAAAGCGGAAUAUUCCUCCACUCUACAGAAGUUCAACAGUGAACAGCAUGAGCAUUACUACACGCACAUACCGAGCAUCUUCCAGAAAAUACAAGAGAUGGAGGAAAGAAGAAUCGUGAGGAUAGGUGAAUCCAUGAAAACGUUUGCAGAAGUUGACCGCCAAGUGAUCCCUAUCAUUGGAAAGUGUUUGGAUGAAAUAACGAAGGCUGCAGAAUUGGUUGAUCACAAGAAUGACUCGCAGAUGGUAAUAGAAGCCUUUAAAUCGGGGUUCGAGCCUCCAGGAGAUAUCGAAUUUGAGGAUUUCACGCAGCCGAUGAAGCGAACCGUCUCAGAAACCAGCCUUUCCAACUCCAGGGCGGAUGGGAGGUCCGAGCCGAAGUUUGGUGGCAAAUCCAAGGGCAAGUUAUGGCCAUUCAUCAAGAAAAAUAAGCUUAUGUCCCUUUUAACAUCCCCCCAUCAGCCCCCUCCUCCUCCCCCUGCCUCUGCCUCACCCUCUGCUGUUCCCAACGGCCCCCAGUCUCCCAAGCAGCAAAAGGAACCCCUCUCCCAUCGCUUCAACGAGUUCAUGACCUCCAAACCCAAAAUCCACUGCUUCAGGAGCCUAAAGCGCGGGCAGACACAGUCUUUGUAUAUUCACAAAGAACUCAUGAAGAGGACUUUAGGGACACCCACGUGUGCCGUUGAGGCUAGGGAAUAUGUUCUUUCUCUCAAGCUGGGAGCAGGGCCAGAAGACUUCAGCAAUCUCCCACCUGAGCAAAGAAGAAAGAAACUUCAGCAAAAAGUCGAUGAACUAAACAGAGACAUUCAGAAGGAGAUGGAUCAAAGAGAUGCCUUAACAAAAAUGAAAGAUGUGUAUAUCAAGAACCCACAGAUGGGAGAUGCAGCGAGUGUGGACCAGAGAUUAGCAGAACUUGGACAGAACAUUGAAAAAUUACGAUUAGAAGUUCAGAAAUUUGAGGGCUGGCUGGCCGAGGUGGAGGGCAGGUUGCCCGCGCGGAGCGAGCAGGCCCGGCGGCAGAGCGGACUGUACGAAGCCCAGAACACUUCAGCCGUGAACAGCUGCGCGCAGGACCGGGAGAGCCCAGAUGGCAGUUACACAGAAGAGCAAAGCCAGGAGACUGAGAUGAAGGUAUCUUCAACAGAUUUUGACGAUGAAUUUGAUGAUGAAGAACCACUACCCACCAUAGGAACAUGUAAAGCCCUCUAUACAUUUGAAGGUCAGAAUGAAGGAACAAUUUCUGUAGCAGAAGGAGAAAUGCUCUAUGUAAUAGAAGAAGACAAAGGCGAUGGGUGGACACGAAUCCGAAGGAACGAAGAUGAGGAGGGCUAUGUCCCUACGUCGUAUGUGGAAGUCUAUUUGGACAAAAAUGCCAAAGAUCCCUAAAGGUGUUUGUGCUGGUGCAAGAACCUCGGGGUGAGCUUGUCACAGAAGGAGAAACAAAAUGGUCUGUUUACCCUGCAGGCAAAUAAAACACACUCAUGAAAGCCAGACUCCCAGUCUUGUCUGGAGUUCCUACUUGAAAAAUUAAGGCCUAAAUUCCAUCCCAAUACCGUUCAGAUGCUUGCUCUUUUUCAUGGCAUGCUACUUGUGGCUCAGAUUAACUUACCAGCCUUCCCACUCUUCUCCCACCUCAGCACAGCCCCUCCGUUAAGCGUAACCAACACUUUUCCCCCCCACCUGGUUCUUCCCAACGCCGGCCGAAGCGCUGCUGGCUGCCCUUUGGUGCAAAGGGUGACCAGAGAGUCCCACGCAUGGUCUGUCUUCUGCCCUCCCUCGUCCCUCAGUCCAUCUGAAUGUGUGCACUGCUCCACCAGCUUUUCACACGGUGCCUUU